AUGGCGAAGGAGCUCGCUAAGGUGGAAAGAGAGGUAAGGACUUCCUAGCUCUGUCUUGCCUCCGCUUCCUCUCUGCCUCUCUCUCUCUCUCUCUCUCUCCGCCGUGUGUUGGUGCUAGCUCUCUGCUGCUGGCAAUGCACUGGCGACGUUCCAUGCCUCUGAUUUCAGUGUCGUUAGAAAAUCAUGUAUUUGGGGAGCGAAAUACUGCCAGUGGAUGGUUCUCAUCCCGCGAUGCAAGGGAAGGGGUCUGCGGGCAUUACAUUGCUGCAUUUCUGGCGAAGUCGAUCCGGCUUGGAUCGUUUGGCACGUGCUUUCCUGUUAAGUCGCGGAUAUAUCUGUGUUAGUUGGCCUAUUUCAAGGAUGAAUUCGGGGUAGCGUCCGAUUGUCGCAGUCCAUUUCUGUGAAGCGAUGGCGGAUAGUGCUCGCGGUUUGUUCAUCUUCCUAUUUCAUUACUUUGUUACUCCUUCUGAGUUUCAGUUUUGGAAAAUUAUGGCAGGUACUUGUUGGGAUGGUAAAAUUUUGUCAGAAGCGGGGGCUGAAGGGUGAGAAAGGUGAAUGGAAGGAAUUCUUGGCAGCGUGUGACCGGAAGUUCGGUGCCAGUCUAAGCGAUCCAGCGAGGAGAUCAGCGGAUAUAUUGGUAGCUUUCUUGGAGUCUUUUACCCGAGAAGAAGAUAUAGAGGUAAUAGCGAAGGAUUAGUGUUUGGUCCCAACCAUCAAUCGACUUCAAAGCUUUAAAACUCGCUCUUUUCGUUGGUUUUAGUUCUUUUCAAAAAUGAUGAGACGCCACGAAAAUUUCAAGGCAAUGGAAAAGAUGGUGAGGGACUUGCCAGGCAGUGAAUCGCCACAGCAGGUAUGUCUUGCAAGUUUUUUUUAGUUGUGCUGAACAUCUUUCUUUCUUUCUUUCAUUGAACGUUGAUGAGUUAUGCUUAACUAACUACUGGUCACUGACACAUGGGACUACGCGGGAUUAGGCUACGCUUAUAUUAUUUUAAAUAUCAUUAUAGAAUGAUAACGAAAAUUUAUUUCUGGAAAAAAUGAAUGCAGCUUCAAUUUGUCUGCAGAUAGUCAGAACAUAAGGGUCGUAACGUGCCCUAAUGCUAAAUAUGAAUCUGUGAUUCUUAGGUACCCACAACAUUGUUUUUGGGAAAAUCUGACUCAGAUGCAUGCAUAUAACAUGAGUUGUCUCAGCAGGAUUCCUAGGAAAAAAAUGCUCAGCACUAUGUUCACAAUGAUACAAUCACGAAUUGAUGGCUAUAAAUAGAUGGCGACAAUAGAGCAAUUGUCUAUUACAUGUGCAUAGACUUGUAUUGAACGAUUGCCAUCUCGUAGAUGAUGAGUACUGAUAUUGUAGUUGCUGAUAGAUAAGAAGUUCAUGGUAGUGUCAUCAAGUUGUUUUGUGUAAGACUUGCACCAGCAGUAGCCUCACUCUUCUUUGCUCUGUUUUUUCUCAUCUACUAAUGUAAGUGAUUUAUUUUCAUUUUUGGCGGGUUGCAUAUUCUCUUCCUACCACUAUACGCUUUUGAUUUAAACUGCAAUAUCAAUCAAUUCCUAUACACUAUCACGCGUCAGAUAUUCCAACCUUGAGAUCUCUAUGGAGGGCGGUGGUUGAAGGAUUGUUGCUCAUGCCAUUGCUUAAGCUUGGCUUAAGCUUGGCCAGUGGUUCUGCUCUUUGUUGCACAAAAACCAGUCACAAAGAGUGGGGAUGCUAAGGAGGAAGUGGAUUCCAUACUAACUGGCUGCAGAUUCAGAUGCUUCAGAAUUCAUCUUACCUUUUUUAUCAUUCCACAAAAUAUUCCUAGUUGUGGCAUUGUGUAGUGUAUCUGGAUGGCAGUUUUUAUGGAUUUUGUUUUGUAUCCAAGCAGUCUUAUCAUGCUCCUCUUUUUAUAUUUGAUCAAGAAACCUUUUUGUUCAUAUUUCUCUCUAAUCUAAAUAAAAUUAUUCGUCGUAUAACUGAAUAUACUGGAGUUCUAGUUGAUAUCCUAUUUUGGCAGUGCAGAGGCUUGUUCGUUUGACUGUUGGACACCCUAAGUACAUUCAGAAUUAUAGCUUUCCGUCGCAUGAGGAGGUCUGCUCUUGUCUUGGAGAAACUGCUUCUGAUUAAGCGUCAAUUCAUGCUGUAUAUGGAAGUAUUAAUUUAUAUGUGGAUUUUAGGGUUUAGCAUUAACUGUUGGAGACCAAACUAUAUGCUACACUCUACCUUUCCACAGAAAUGUGGUCUGUUCUUAACUUGUAGAUUUUUUUUUUAAUUCUUGUUACGUCCAUGCAUUCAAUACAAUUGCUUAUAUAUUGGUUUAGUACACUAAUUUUAGCCUUUUUUGGAUUUUUGGAUCCUUUAUAAUUCUUGAUAAAUGAAGGAUUCAUUGAUAAGCUACCUUUGUUCUUAUCACGCUAUUUAUUUUCAUAUUUUUGUUGUGCAUGGCUGCAUGCAAAAAACAAAGAUAACCCAACUUUGACCUAUAUCUAUGGCUUGGCUUGAGGAAUUUUUUUUUUUGAAAACCUCUUUUUUCAAGACAAAGCGUGUUGAACAUAAAAUUAUUUAUUUUAGAUUUUUUCCUCAGUGUAAAUUUGAAGAUAACUAUUUAUUUAUGACUAUGGCACAUAUUUCUAAACCUUUAUUUCCACCAAAAUUAAACAUAUUAGAAAAUAAGUUGGAAUAGAGACAAUGGCGUACCGAAAUUAGAUGUGUUGAACAUAAAUAUUGCUUUUAUCAUAGUGUCAUCUUAGAGAAUUGGAUUGAUCCCAUCAACGCCAUUUAGUUCUGAUCUGGUGGAUGAUGAAUGUGAGAUAGGAAUUAAUUCAGUAAUCUAUUAUUGAGUUAUGUCCGAUGUUUCUGGCUUGCUACACGAAGACAUAACAUUAUUUGUGGCAUGCAACACUGAAGUUUUUCAGCUGAUGGACAGACAUUUGAAUAAAUAUCUUCCCAAUCUGGCACCUUCUUCAGUUGUUGAAUAUUGAAUAUAAUAUUUCUGCAGAGCACGUGGUUAUUUCUCGUGUUGCUGUCAAUUGUACUCACUUUGUUUUAUUUUUGUUCUAAUAAACUUCUGACCUUAUAUUUAUGUCUUUGCAAUUAACUUCUCACGUUACAGGAUUGGAUAGUCAUACCUUUACGCAAAGUUUCUAAGGUAGCGAAAGUAAAUGCUAUGAUCUCUCUAGAUUGCGAGAUGGUCCUCUGUCAGGAUGGUACUGAAGCAGUAGUCAGAGUCUGUGUAGUAGAUCAUAACUUGGGGGUACAUUUCUUUGUGCACAAUUUUAUUGUUAAUCAUCGUCUCAUCACAAUUUGUUUAUAACUCUCCUGUUGUCAUUUCUUUUUUUGAUGUUUCUAAGUCUUUAACUGAAAAAAUACAGGUUAAGCUCGACAAAAUAGUAAAUCCCAACAAGCCAGUUGCUGACUUUAGAACAGGUAUCACCGGAAUAUGUUCCCAGGAUUUAGAAGGUGUAACUUGCUCAUUGCUAGAUGUACAGGUAGACUUUUUUAUUUUGAAGAUAUUUUGACUUGGGUUCUUAUAGAUUUAUUUUUCAUUUGCUGAUUAAAACUGUGAUAUUCUGCAGAAAGCCUUGAGGAAACUGUUAUCGCAUGGAACCAUUUUGGUAGGGCACAGUUUACAUAACGACCUUGAAGGUCUGAUCGAAAGGAAACUCUUCUGAUAAAUUCUUAGAUUUGUCUGGGCAUUCAUAGUUCAAAGUUUAUGUUCGAGAUCUCUUUUGGUACACUAUGGGCUCAUGCUUAAGUUUCUCUCUCUUACAACAGCUCUGAAAAUUGAUCACGCUCGAGUUAUUGACACUUCUUUCAUCUUCCAAUGUUUGGACAUACCUGAGAUCAAAACACCCUCAUUAAACAGUUUAUGCGAGGUAAGAUAUCUCUGCUCAAAUCGCUAUUCUCAUAUUAUUUUGCAUCUACAAAAAAUUGAAUGAUCAAAUACUUUUAUCAUCGCAACAUCUGAUGUGUAUUUCAUUGCUUAGUCUUAAGCCACUUGUCACGGUGUGGUCAGUCUAACAGGGGUGUGACACCACUAACUAGGUGUAUAAGGUAUCAGAUGCUUAAGGCAUUCAAUAUUCGGUAAUAUGAUGAUGACUUAUGCUUGGUAGUUGACCAGUUUUUGCUUUGGGUCAAUCAGAAGACUGAUUGGUUAUUAAAUAUAUAUAUAUUUUAUAAUAAAUAAAUUCCUUUGGAUUAUUGUGAUCUAAUAGUCCAUUCGAUCAUGAUGAUAAAAAAUUUAAAAUGAUUUUUUUUUUCAUCUUGAUACUCAGAGCCAGGGUUGAUCUGGAUCAGAAUCGGCGCUGGCCAAUCUGAUUUUGGGGAAGGAGGGAAUCAAAUCUCCUUGUGAACUGCAUAUAACAUUCACCAAAUUGGGUCAUAUCAAUGAUUUAUGGGCUCAAUUAACUUGCAGUCCUCUUAUUCCGAAAGAUUUUCAUACAUUCCCCUUUCCAAAAUGAGCAGAACCAAAGCGUGAGAAAGGACAGAGAAAGAGAUUAAUCAGCUCACUAGAGAACUGCUGAUGAUUACUUGCCUGAUUGCCAUUGGCCCUGUGGCUGAUGAGGAACAGAUGGAGGAUAAAUAAGAAAUCGAAGAAGAGAAACAGGAGAGCAACUCAGGGAAGCACCAUUGACUUCUGAUGAUUUCUGGCCCCUGGUAAAUGCAGCUUCUAUGGGCUGCCAUCAGUUAUCCACUCUGCAUGCUUUCUCAAAUUUUCAAUCUUAUCACUUGUUUGACUGAUUGCCUUAUAUUUUUUUCCAUUAUUCUUUUGGCAAAUCUGUCUUCUAAUCUGUGCUCCUUUCUUUUCAUUGAAUGAUGAACAGAGCUUUUAGUCAGCGGUGAGGAACUCCCAGUCAAAUCCUUCCCAUUUCUUUUUCAAAUGAAAUAUAACAUGAUAUUUCCAACAAACUUAUUUUUCUAUAACAAAAAAAUAUUAUUAUUUCUCUAAUGGGAUCGUCGUUGUUAUUUCAUUGCUUUUGAAAAAAAAAAAUACAACUCCAAGAAAUAAGCCUAUUAGAACACUUUGCACAUUAUUUACUUAUUUAUUUAGUUAUAUAUUUUCUCAAUUCACUGGUACAGUCUGUCUUGGGAAGUCCGAUAAGGAAGGAAGGUGAUCCACACGAGUGCCGGAAUGACGCAGAAGCAGCUAUGAAGUUGGUGCUCGCCAAGAUAGAACACGGGUUCGACGAUCCCAUCGCCAUCGAGGCCAAGAAGGUCUGUUAAUGUGUGGCAGAUUACACCGAAUAACCAGCCCACCAACAAUUCUCUUCACAAAAUGUGUUGCAGGCAUCAGAAGCGAAUCUGUUCAUGCUGUUUCUUCACAGAAUCCCGAUCAACGUCGCCCACCAAGAACUGUCAGGAUUGUUUCCCGGGCAUCUCCAUGCGGAGAUCCAGGUUCACAGAUGAACCCGCAAGCUGCUUGCUGUGUUGUUUGUCUGUCUUUCCGGCACUUGGCUUUCUAAGGGGCGGAUCUUGCAGGCCGAGUUGCGGGUCAGGGGGAAGAUGUACUCCACCUUCGCCGUCUUCAGGAGCCGCGAAGACGCAGAUGAGGCGUUCCAGGAGCUGAAAGGCCAGGAAACCAAGGUAAAUUUCAACGGGUUCACCUCUCUGCAUUCGAUUCCUAGAUUUCCCUUUCAGUAAUGAUUCUGAGAAUUUCAACGGGUGGUUCCUGUUUUAUUUAUUUAUUAUUAAUUAAUUAACAAAUAAAAAUCCUUCCGAGCUUGAUCAGUGUGGUUCCUUUCCGUUGGUGCCGUAAUUUAAUUUAAUUAAUUUAUUUGUUGUUGGGUUUGAGAUCUUGGAUUCUCUGGGGUUGUUCCGUUUUCAGGACUGCUUGGGGCUGCCGCAGAAACGCGUGUGUUUGAGGCUCGUCUCCGGCGAAACGGCGAGCUUGUGUGUGCGGAAAAUGGCCGCGGACGGCGCAGCUGUGAGCCCAAAGAGACCGGCGGAGGUCGACGGAGGGGAGUCGAAGCGGCGGAGGGUUGGGCAUGAAGGGCGGCUGACCCGCCGGAGAGGCCGAAAGGUUGGAGCUGGAGCUGUGCGAGAGGAAUGA